CGGUGUUCAGUACUUUGUCAGCAGCAAGCAGCGUUCUUCCACCAUUUCGUUGCGUAAAGUCUCCUCCCGCGACCGCUACAUUCUGGGGUGAAAGCCAGUCUCUCCCGGUCCGUAUUUUAGCUUCUUCCCACAGACCUAGUGGUACCUCGUUGGGUACCGGGAGACAGUUUGGAUUACUGGCAUCACGGAUUGAGUGCGAUUUUACGCGGAUGACGACUCCUUCAACGAGAAUUUAGUAAAAGAAAAUUGGUCGGAAAUUUCAGAAUAUGUGGAAGGGACCCUAAUUUCAGCAUCCUGGAAGUAGAAAGCACAGAAGAUCUGUGUCUCACACCACAGACAGGUGCAGUGUGUAGCCGGGGCAGCACAGAGGAAGGAAGCUCUGGGGAGGAGGCGGUGCGGCAGCGUGCCUCUCCGGCUGUGGAUUUGCUGGGUGGCAACCCCCAGGCUGCACAGAAUGUGGCUGGGGAGUCACCUCGGCAUGCCCCGCAGCCGGUCGCAGCUGCCCCCCGCCCAGUCCCUCCGUUCACCAAUCCGUCCACUGUGCCAUUGCCGGAGAGCAACGACUCAACACUCCUCGGCAUGGAGAACGCCCCUCCAACAUCAUUGCCUGAGGCUCUCCCGAUCAGCGGCGACUCUAAGGACAGUGUCUCAGAGGAAGUCCCUGCUGAGGAGAGAAUUGCCGAAGUUGUUGGAGUUGCGAGAUCCUUGCCAACAUCCCUUACCGAGGACUGUAGUUCCUCUGCUGAGAUGCAAAGGCUUCCAGUUCCCUUUUGUCCUCCUCUCUCCUCAGAUACACAGAUUGACAGCACAGUGCAAGAGCUGCAAUACGGGUUACAAACUGAUAAAGAGAAAAGCUGCUCAAAUAGUGAGACGAAUCAGCCACUUAGAGAAGGUGCUGGACUUGUGGUUAUUACGGGGACAGAGGAGAAACAGUCCGUUAGAUUGGAAUAUAAAUCAGAGACUGGAACAAACAUGGAACUUGUUGGAAAAGAGCAGACAGGUGGAAAUAUUUUCCCACAAUCCCUAUCUCAGAUCUGUUUCACAGCCUCAUCUCCCUCUGUCCCACAAUCAGGUGUUGGUUUUAAACUCCAAGACACCACAGAACAUGGAGCUAUGGAACAGUCUGACAGGGACUCACUUGUCCACGCAAAUCAAGGCAGCCAUAUACCUCCGUCAGGUGUUGCGGAGCAAGCAGAUUGUCACCAGGACUCAAUAUCGUCUCCGCUCCCUUUACCCUCUUCUGACAGUAGUGAGAUUAAACAAACGGACCUGUCAAAAACACAACCUAAAAUCAUCAAGGAGAUCUCAAAUGAUGCCAGAGAAAUACCGAAAGCAAAUUCUUUGGAAUCGCUUGAGACCGUUGAGCAUGUUAAAGCGGUUGUUGAAACUUCUCACAGAGAAACACAACCUCCUUCAGCUCAAAUACUUGCAACCUCAAAAGAAAGAGAAACACUUCAUGGACUAUAUACUUCUGGAAAAGGGAGAGCAAUGUCCAGCAACACACCUGACAGAGAAGAUGGCAACAUCCAGAGGAGCUGUGAUGCCCUGGGGGGAGAUCAGGUGGAGAGUAGUGCAAGGGAAGAAAAAACUGACAUGGCCACCUCCUCGUCUGACGUCACAAUGCUGCCAGAGUGCUCCUCCACACAGGAGCGUUCCCCCAAACCCUCUGCUGCCCCUUCUCCGUUUGACACAGGCAUAGUCAGCUCACUACAGGCGGCGCAGGUUGUUGAAGCAGAAACAUCUCAUCCCUCAGAUCCCAUCCCCACAACAGAGACGCCACUGUUUGCCGAGCUUUCCGAUGCUCAAGAAAUUGUGGUUGUCAGACAGGAGGGUCAUAUCAGUGAGGACUGGUCUAACAUGCACCUGAAUCAGAGUUACCUCCUACAACGAGAGGAUGGUAGUGUCUGUGAAGCUGCCAUCGUUAACGAACUGAGUUCUGAACUUUCUACCGGGGAACCAAAGCUGUAUGAAGAAAGGGUUCAGUCUGAAAUGGAGCUAGAUUCACAACCGGUGGAAGUGUAUGAGUUUUCCAGCCUGGUGGAGGAGGUUGCUGAGGAAACGGUGUGCGCCACUAGUAGUGCACAGAUACCUCACUCUCCAGGAUAUGAGAUUAACCUAUUCAAUGCAUUAAUAGAAAACUCUGAGGAGUAUACUGUCAAACAGGACCUAGAGAUGCACCUUGGACCAUCUAUUCACACAAUUAAUGAAAGUGACACUGUCAUAAUUUCCCAGCAGCCCUUGCAUUCAUUACCUGAUGCAAAUCAAAUACAGGCUCGCUCUAACAAUAAUUCUCAUAAUUUGUCCAUACAAAACACAAGGGUAGCUGCUGUCGCACAGCAUUUGGUGUUAGAUACUAACCAAGCUGUUCAAGUGGCAAACUCAAGUGAGGUUUGUUUAGUUGAAGUAGCUGCUGUUACAUCUGACUCAUUCACUGUUGAACAGACAGGCACCAGCACACAAAUUAUGACAACUUGUUCACAGGUCAGUGCAGCAGUCUCAGACCAAACGGAGGUGAGUGAUUCUCUCGUAAUUCAAACAGCUCCCCAAAAACAGGAAGCAGAAGCAACAGCUGGUUCAUUAUCUCUCAUAUCCCCAGUGGUUACUGGUGAGGGCAUAGGGAUGCAAUCGUCCGUUGCUGUUUCAGUACACGUCUCUCAUGUAGAAAAUCAGCCCUCUCUAAUUCAGACCCCAGGAGUCACUGUUGUAAGUGCCACAAAGCCUGAGGCCUGUGUUUCCUCUCAUGGAGGGACCAAAGAAACCCCUGCUUUGACUGAGACUCCGUCACAACAUAUUCAGAAUGUUGCGGUUCCUACAGAAACCAAACCAGAGGCUUUCCACACCACUCACUCCUCUAGUAUAUUAAAUUCAAAGCUGCUCCUCCUCAAACCGGGAGAAACUCCUAUCCUGAAACACCCACCCUCCCUUUUGGCACAGGUGUCCAAGCAACAGAAUGCGGUCGACAAGCUGGCCAAUGCCCACAGCUCUUGGUCUGGCACAGUGACUGGGGAGUGCCUUCCCCAAACUGUCUCAGCAGCAGACUCUUUAUGUUCGUCUAUGGCUCUUAGCAGCCAGAAAGAUCAAGCGCAGUGUUCCAUAAAUAAAACUUCUGUGACAGCAGCUCUGCCUCUCAAGGUGCAGCCGCCUACUGUGAGCGGUAACAUCACACUUCACUUUGACCAGACUGCAUCUGUCACUUCCACAAGCAAAUCUGACAAAGAGGCCUUAACUGUUACUAAAACUUCAACAAGUGAAGCUGUGUCCCAAGAUGUUUGCGCACCUACCAGUGCCACCCCACCUGCAAUCCCUCACACCCUUCACGUGCUCAAAGUGUCGGUGGAAAGGGAAGGUAUGGCAUCCACCAGUCCUGAUGACCCCAUCAGCCAACCCGACUCCCUCUAUGUGGAGGACGAGAGCGAGGACAUGGAGCAGGAUGAACCAACGGGAGAAACUGAGGCUCAGGAGGUCACGUCAGGGCAGGUUAGCAGUCCAGAGGAAGGCAGUGAUGACGAACAUGACGCUGACAAAACAGAAAGCGAAAUGACUACACCCAGCUCGCCACACAAGGUACGGCAGUGGAUCGCAGACAGGGUCUCCGUGAACUCAUCUCCUGUCUCACCCUCCACCUCCUCUUCCUACCCCGGUCCCUCACCCGCCAGGGAUUGGUCCACACAACGACGGGAGAGGUCCUCACCUCUCAGGGGUCCCCAUGGCAAGUUCGUUUCUCCGUCCUCUGUCGGCUACAAUUCAUCCUCUUUCCCUCCUGAUCAGACCACUCCUCAGCGACCCCGCGGAGAGCGUCACACAGACAUGGCAGAGCUCGCUAAACAUGAAGCAGACAUUGAGCAUCGGACCCAGGCACUGAAGCGAGAGGGCUUCUGGUCAAUGAAGCGUCUCACCCGCCUGACAGAGCCGCCGCGACCCAAAGUUCACUGGGACUACCUGUGUGAGGAGAUGCAGUGGCUCUCUGCUGAUUUUGCCCAGGAGAGGCGGUGGAAGAGAGGGGUGGCUAGAAAGGUGGUACGAAUGGUGAUGCGACAUCAUGAGGACCUUAGGCAAAAAGAAGAAAAAGCCAAGAGAGAUGAGCACGCUAAAAUCAGAAGAGUUGCCUCUUCUAUCGCCAAGGAAGUCCGGGCUUUCUGGAGCAGUGUUGAGAAGGUGGUGCAGUACAAGCAGCAGUCCAGAUUGGAAGAAAAGAGGAAAAAGGCUCUGGACCUUCAGCUGGACUUCAUUGUUGGCCAGACAGAGAAAUAUUCAGACCUCCUCAGCAAGUCACUCGCACCCACCAGGCCUGCUGAAACUGUCCCCCUGACUCCUCAGAAAUCUCUGCCACCUCCUAUUGAUGAGGAUGACAGGGACUUUGAGCCUCCAUGUGAGGAGGAGGAUGAUGAGGAGACGAUAGAGGUGGAGGAGCAGCAGGAGGGCAAUGAUGCUGAGAGCCAUCGGAGGGAGAUUGAACUGCUGAAGGAGGAGGGCAUGCUGCCCCUGGACCAGUUACUCAGCACCCUCAAACUGCCACAGGACUCCGGCUCAGAGGAAGAAUCCUCUGAUGAAACCUCUUCAUCAGUGGAGGAGGAAGAGGAAGACGGGGAAUUCACUGCCAAUGAAGAGGACGCUGAGGACGAGGAGGACACGAUAGCAGCACAGGAGAAGGUGGAAGGAAAUGUGGAUCAUGCGGAGGAACUGGAUGACUUAGCCAAAGAAGGUGAUAUGAGUAUUGAGGAGUUGCUGGAGAAGUACAAAGGAGCUUAUGCCUCAGACUUUGAGGCACCUUCUGCAUCUGGCUCUAAAGCAAGCUCUGAUUCUGAGGUGUCUGGGGAUGAGGAGGAGGAGACUGAAGAAGAUGAGAGUGACGUGGAAAGCAACACCUCCUCCUCAGAUUCACCUGGAGACAGUGCAGAGGAUGAUGACAGUGAGAAGGAUGAAGAGGAGAGUGAGAAAGAAGAGGAUGAUGAUGACUGUGGAGAUGAAGGGAUGGAGGUCUUGCUUAAGGAAGGAGACCACACCCCACCUUCCUCUAGCUCACGGCCAAAGAAAGAAAUCAGCCAUAUUGCUGCUACUGCAGAGAGCCUGCAGCCUAAAGGCUACACUUUGGCGACUACAAAGGUCAAGACCCCCAUCCCAUUCCUGCUUCACGGCACGUUACGAGAAUACCAGCACAUUGGACUCGACUGGUUGGUCACCAUGUAUGAGAAAAAGCUAAAUGGCAUUCUGGCUGAUGAGAUGGGUCUGGGAAAGACCAUCCAGACUAUCGCUCUGCUAGCUCACCUCGCCUGUGAAAAAGGUAACUGGGGCCCUCACCUCAUCAUUGUUCCCACCAGUGUGAUGUUGAACUGGGAGAUGGAGCUGAAGCGCUGGUGUCCUGGGUUUAAAAUCCUCACCUACUUUGGCAGCCAAAAAGAGAGAAAGCUAAAGAGACAGGGCUGGACGAAGCCUAAUGCUUUCCAUGUGUGCAUCACUUCGUACAAGCUGGUGCUGCAGGAUCACCAGGCCUUUCGACGCAAGUCUUGGCGGUACCUGAUUCUUGACGAGGCUCAAAAUAUCAAGAAUUUCAAGUCCCAGCGCUGGCAGAGCCUGCUGAACUUCAACAGCCACCGGCGACUGCUUCUGACAGGAACUCCUCUGCAGAACAGCCUGAUGGAGCUGUGGUCUCUGAUGCACUUCCUCAUGCCCCACGUCUUCCAGUCCCACCGCGAGUUCAAAGAGUGGUUCUCCAACCCGCUGACAGGAAUGAUCGAGGGCAGUCAGGAGUACAAUGAGGGCCUGGUCAAAAGGCUGCACAAGGUGCUGAGGCCAUUCCUGCUCAGGAGGAUCAAGGCUGAUGUUGAGAAGCAGAUGCCCAAGAAAUAUGAGCAUGUGGUGCGCUGUCGGCUCUCCAAGAGACAACGAUUCCUCUACGACGACUUCAUGGCACAGGCCUCGACCCGGGAAACCCUGGCCAGCGGUCACUUCAUGUCUGUGAUUAACAUCCUCAUGCAACUCCGCAAAGUGUGCAACCACCCCAACCUGUUUGACCCUCGACCCAUCCAGUCUCCCUUCAUCACGCAGCCCAUUGUUUUCCACACAGCCUCCCUGGUGCAGGAUGCCCUGGAGGUCUUUCCUUUGAAGCGCUGCGACCUGUCGAUGUUUGACCUUGUUGGUGUGGAGAGCCGUGUGUCCCGGUACCAGGCGGACGUCUUCCUGCCUCGCCACAAGGUCAGCCGCCAACUAAUCCAGGAGAUCGUGGAGGCCCCUGAACCCCCUCCGAGACCCAGACCAGUACGCAUGAAGGUCAACAGGAUGUUCCAGCAGCCUCCGAAAGGUGAUAAUAGACCCGUCUUGCUGAUGAACAAACCUACAUGCUCCGUGCCCCCUGCAGCUCAGAUCCCCAAACCUCUUCCAGCAACUGAAAUCUCUUCAGCUCCUGCAGCUGCUCCUGUAGUUCAACAAGUGGUGUGUUCAGUGGCAUCCGCCCCCCCUCCCCGCCCGUCCACGCAUCCCGCAGCUCAAACUGCAGUGAGAUCCAGCGUGCCUAAGCCGGUGCUAACCGUACGGCCUCCCACUGCUCCCUGCACCGCCAGCAUUCCUGCUCAUCCCAGUCCAAACCCCAGCAGCGUCAUGCCCCAGAGGGUCCUGCUCAGUCCAGAUAUGCAAGCCAGGUUGCCUUCUGGUGAGGUGGUGAGCAUAGCCCACCUUGCCUCCUUGGCGGGGCGACCUGUGUCGUCAUGUCAGGGCAGUAAACCCGUCACCUUCCAGCUCCAGGGCAACAAGCUGACUCUGUCCGGAGCCCAGAUCCACCAAGUCCCGGCAGUUCCUCCACGCCCCGUUCAAGGAAAUGUGAUGCACCUGGUGUCCAGUGGGAUUCAGCACCACCUCAUCAGCCAGCCUGCCCAGGUGGCUGUCCAGAGCACAGUCAACACACACCCUGCAAACACCUCCUCUACUGCUCCCCCUGCGACUCGCCUGUCUCAUAAUGCCUCCUCGCAAGUGACCUCCUCCAUGGGGGGCAGCCCUGGCGUCGUGAAGAUCGUUGUGCGCCAGUCAGCAGGCAAGGAGGGCGGGCCUGUGCCCACCCUGGCAGUGGCCCCUUCCCCUCGUGUCGCUCCUCAGGCAUCCCCUUCCCUGCACACCCACGCCAACACAACCCCUGUCAGAAACACUGCUCCACUGCAAAUUGCCCAGCGCACCCCUGGUCCCGCUACUGCCCACUACACCAUAGCUCCUCCCAGAAACCCUAGCUCAACCCUGAACCAGCCCCAACCCCCUCGUCCUGUCCUCAAAGUAGUGCAGCCUCCUCCAUCAAGCACAGAGCAGCUAGCUCAAGCUCUGGUGACCACCGUGUCCUCUAUGUUCAAGUCUUCAACGACACCACGCGACAGCAGCAGCAGCAGCAGCAGUCAAACCCCGGGUAGCAUGAAGUCGAGGCCCAGUGCAGGGACAAAAGCCUACCCUCCACCCAGGAAAGUGCCUCGCCCACCUCCUCGAUCUCCUUUCUACAUGUCAUGGCUGGCAGAUAGCCAUAAACAGCAGCACGACAGCCAGCUGGACUUCAUCAUUCGAGUCAACGAACACCACUGUGGAGCAAAGCCCGUGUACGGCCAGGAGGUUCUGGACUUUCUGACUUUUCUCCCCGGUCCCCGUCCCUCCCCAGCCGCGCUGAGCUCGCAGGGGGAGUGGGGCCGAUCGGGUCACGGCAGCUGUCUGUUCGCACAGUGGCAAAACAAGUAUGACUACUGGUUUCAGAGUCACGCUGUCAGAGAGGCCAUCCACAGCAUUGAGGAGAGGCUGCAGCUGCUCACUGACAUCGUAGACAGGUUUACGUUCGUGAUUCCCCCUGUAGAGGCUCCUCCGAUCUCCAUGCACUGCUGCCAUCCUCCUCCCUCUCUGAGCCACAAGCAGGCAGUCUUCUCCUCCAUGCUCUCAACUCAAGUCGCUCCGCUCACCCGCAGCCUCCAUCGUAUCCAGUGUAACAUGAGGACCCAGUUCCCAGACCUGAGGCUCAUACAGUACGAUUGUGGAAAGCUUCAGACGCUCCACACCUUGCUGCGAAAGCUGAAGACAGGAGGCCACAGGGUGCUGAUCUUCACUCAGAUGACGCGUAUGCUAGAUGUGCUGGAGCAGUUCCUCAACUACCACGGACACAUCUACCUCCGCCUGGAUGGCAGCACCCGCGUGGAACAGAGACAGGCCCUCAUGGAGCGCUUCAACGCAGACCGUCGCAUCUUCUGCUUCAUUUUGUCAACUCGCAGUGGAGGUGUAGGGGUGAACCUGACCGGGGCCGACACUGUAGUUUUCUACGACAGUGACUGGAACCCCACCAUGGACGCCCAGGCACAGGACCGUUGCCAUCGCAUUGGCCAGACCCGAGACGUCCACAUCUACAGGCUGAUCAGUGAGCGCACAGUGGAGGAGAACAUUUUAAAGAAAGCCAACCAGAAGAGGAUGCUGGGAGACAUGGCCAUUGAAGGAGGAAACUUCACCACUGCCUUCUUUAAACAGCAAACCAUCCGAGAGCUGUUUGAUGUGAACGACGGAGAGAAACGAGAGGUGGCAGUGGAGCUAUCAGUGCCCCAAGCUGAGGAGGAGGAAGCUGUCAACAAACAGAGCACCACCAUUCUGGAGCAGGCCCUGUGCCGCGCCGAGGACGAGGAGGACAUCGUAGCAGCCUCUCAGGCCAAAGCCGAGCAGGUGGCAGAACUGGCGGAGUUCAAUGAGAACAUACCGCUGGAUGACGGAGGGGAACAGGAGGAAGUGGAGGAGCUCUCUAAGGCUGAGCAGGAAAUAGCUGCUCUGGUAGAGCAGCUCACUCCCAUUGAACGCUACGCCAUGAACUUUUUGGAAGCCUCAUUAGAAGAUGUUUGCAAAGAGGAGUUGAAGCAAGCUGAGGAGCAAGUAGAGGCUGCCAGGAAGGGCCUGGACCAGGCCAAGGAGGAGGGCCUCAAGCUUCACGCUUCAUCUGAUGACGACGACGAUGACUUUUUGUCACCACCAGCUUCAGUGGAGCCCACUCAGCCAGCUCCAGCGCGCCGUGGCCGUAAACCCAAGGACAAGGACAAAGACAAAGACAAGGAAAAGGACAAGGACAAGACUGUCACCUCUACAAGGACAAGUGGUCGGCUUCGUGGGGCCUCGCCGGAAACUGACCCUGAGCCUACGACCCCUAGAGAAGUGCCUGAAAGACUCCGCCUUGGUCUGAGAGGACGAGGAGCUGCCAAAGACACUGGUACUGUGUCUACCACCCCGUCCCGCACAGACAAUCUGAAAACAUCCUCAUCAACAAAGCUCCAAGACUCCACCAAAUCUUCAAAAGCUUCAUCACCCGCCAGAGAUACCCAGACCAACAAAACCAGGGCUCUACCAAACCGCUCCCUUCCCAGUCCAGUGCCUUCCCCUCCUACAACCUCUCCCCCGGGAGGGAAACAGUGUGUUGUGGAAACUGAUGGCAAGAGCUCCAAAGCAGGCAGAGAGGAGAAGGAGGGGGAGAAUGAGAGGAGGGUGUCUGAGUCAUCGGUUGAAUCCAGCUGCCCAGUGGACCAUCAGACAAAAGAUGAUGAUAGCAAAGACCACAGCGCCAUGUCUCCUCCCUCCACCAGCUCCAGAUCACCUCGCAAGCGUCAGUCAGCAGAUGGUGAAGUCCUGCGGGGCCUGGUUGAAGACUCCCCAUCAGCGAAGGUCUUGCGGAAGCUUCCAGGGAGGCUUGUCACAGUGGUGGAGGAGAAGGAGCCCAAGAGGAGGCGGCGACGUGGAAGCGGCACUGGUGGUGGAGGUUCUUCAGAAGAGGCAACAGUGGAGGAGAACACUGCUGGAUUUGUCGAUGAACCGAACAAAGACAAUACACCACCAAGCCCUGAAAGCAAACCUAAAGGGACUGUUACUAAACCCCUUCAGGACCAAGACUCUACCCCGAAUCCCUCUGUGCACCCACAGCCUGUCAGAGGUUAUCCUCCGUAUUCCCCACCCCAUCUUUCUCCUGACAUGCCUGUGCUGAGAAACCUUCCUGUCCGGCGCAGGUUGGAAACUGAAUCUCGCAUGGCUGCUCAGCUGGGAGAGCAACAGCAACAUCUAGGUAGGGGGCGGGGAGGAAACCAGUCCAGGAAAACAGACACACCACCAGGCAAAGAUGCCACUUCAGCCUCUACAGAGUCCAGUAUGAAUUCUCUUGUGGCACCUUUGAAAAGAAAGAGGGGCCGGCCCCCUAAGACUCCCCCUAGUUUACCUGAGCCUGACAACACAGUGACUCCUUCCCCACAGCCCACCUCGCCAAGUGAGGAGGGAAACCCCUCUCUCUCCCCAAAACGUAAGAGGGGUCGUCCCCGCAAAGACUCCACAACCAUGCCAGAUGCUUUUAUUGAUGGGCAGAACUCUAAAAAAGAGAUGACCUCUACUGAUGUGUCUGGUUUAUCAAAAACCGAUGCUAGCAAAGAGCCACCAGCACCAUCUCCUCACAAGUCGAAGACCCCUAUAGCUGCUGUUGUUGGCACAAGUCAGGACUCCCUGUCUGCCACAGCUGAGGAAUCCGACACUAAGACUGAGGUUUCACCCCCAGUUUCAGCCCCUGCUCCAAAGCCAGUGCAAGCCUCCACAUCAAAAACAAGUGAAGCCUCCACACCAGUCCCCGUUUCAGUCCAAGCAUCACAUGCACCUGCAACCCAGGUGACCUUGCCCAUUCCUGUGGCUGCCUCUACAUCAGCCUCAACCCAAGUCGUUAGUUCAGCUCCAGCUACAGUUCCAAGCUCAGACACAUCAACCCAUGUUUCUUCUGCAUCCUCUCUCACACCUUCCACAUCUGCCACUAUCCCAGCAACUGCUACCCCCACUACCACAACUCCACUGCCACCUACCAGCACUGUCUCAACAUCUCUUCCAGGUGUAAAACCAACACCUCUCGCUUCUACAGCUCCUGUAGAGCCAAAACCUUCAGCUUCUACAACUGUGCAAACAACGGGACCAGACACUGCCAAAACCACUACAGUUCCCACACCAGUUGAUACCACACCACCCAAUUCACCAUGCACCAGUGCUGUCGAAGCAGUUCCAACAUCUGUCCCUUCCACACAGAUCACAAUAGGUACUACCAUAAUAUCAAAAACAGUAAGUGUCACACCAGCAGUCACCACUACAGUGAAAACAGUCACAACAAAUAAAACUACUGUUGCAAAGGACUUUCCACAAGCCUCUGCGCUGCCACCUAUGUCUACUACAGCUACCGUAACAUCUGUCCCAGCUGCCAGUUAUUCAAGCCCAGCUAGAGCUUCACCAAAACAAACCUCAACGUCUUCCCCCACUACAGCAACAAAUAUGACAACAGCUACAUCAAAAACAGUCCAAGCUUGUCCAUCAAACUCAAAAACAACUCUGACAACGACUCCAGCAAAAACAAUGCAAGCAAAUCCAUCAAACCCAACAACAAUUAUGACAACUCCAGUAAGACCAGUGCAAACAAAUCCAUUAAACACAAGUUCUACUACAGUCCCAACAACAUGCCCAGCCACGUCUUGCAAUGCUUCUACGACACCAUCAGUAACAUCAGUCACCACAUCUUCUGCAAAUACAGCUCCAUCAAGGACUAAUGUAACAACCACCAAUGUCCCUACCAAACCAGUGCAAACAGUGCAAGAGGUUACACAGGCAAAAGUAACAACAGUGGCUGUCAAGUCCCCAGCAGUAUCUCCUGCUGAACCUAGUCCACUCUGCACUCCGUCCCCAGCUACGUCUGCCAGCGUUACCACAACCGCAGAAGCAAAGAUGGUUGCAGUAACUUUGUCACACCCAACAGGAGUCAAAGUAACAACACCGGCAGCAGCCCUUUCCAAAGAGCCCCCUUCAGCUUCAGCUACCCCUGCCACAACUGCAGAAAAGACUGUCAAGAUCCCACCCCCAGUAACAACUUCCAUAGAUGCUACACCAGCUCCACAAACAGUUACCACAACUACAUCAUCCACAGAAAAGUCCGUUACAGUUGCCAAAACAAACACUAUUGCAACUACCCAAGUAUCCAUUGCCACAGCCUCUCCUGUGCCGGUAGCAGCAACCACAGCAGGUUCAACCAAAACAGCCCCUCCUGUGUCCACCCCUCAAACAUCUGCAGUCAUUUCCCCCAAAGUACAAAACUCUGCAUCCACAGGUGUUUCCCCAGAGGUGUCCACACCAGCCCAGACGCAGUCCUUGCCCCAGAUACCCACAUCUGCUCCUUCUAGUGUUUCAUCUGAGAAGCAAUCGAUAGAGUCGAAACAUGAAGUUUCUGCAUCUAAAACUGACUCAGAAACAGUGACAAAAAUGGAAGUAAAUGCUGUGGAGGCUCAAGAGAGGACCAGCAAGGAGGAGGAUGACAAAAAAAUGGAGAUCUGUAAGACUCCUAAAAGGAGAAAGGUGGAGAGUUCCUCUGAGACCAAAGACUUGGAGCCAGGAAGGGAGGACGCAGGCGGAGAAGCAAAGACAACCACCCCUUGGAAAGAAGAACCUAAGCAACAGGUGGUGGAGGAAAUUACUGAAGAUCAGAAACCCCCCAAACAGAAAAGGCCCCUUAGUCGCCAGAGUAGCCAGGAGUCAACUCGCUCUUCUUCACCAUCAUCAGGGGGCUCUACAGCAACCCUCACUCGUCAUGCUCACCACAAAAGGACGUAUGAAAACAGACAUCCUACCAAGAAGAGGCGAAUAGACGUCACCUCAGAAGCAGGGAAUGAGGAGACAGAGGAAGAGGCUGGGGAAGAGAAAGGGGAAGGCAGUGAAGAGGAGCUCACCACCACUACCUCUCGGAGGAGGCGUUCCAGGUCUUCCUCCUCCUCCUCAGACUCUGACAACAGCGAAAGCAGGAAGGAGCACCGGUUGACUCGUUCAGCCAAACGCAGGCUGCAAGAUCAGGAGAAGGAGAAGGGCAACAAACGGCCAGGAAAGAAACCUGCACGCGGCUCUGACAGAAAUGCAUCAAUCAAUGCCAACACCUCUACAGGUGGAGAAUCUGGCAGUGACACAUCUUCUGUCAGGAUCACCAGAAAGUCUGCGGGAUCUCAGCCACAAGACAGUAAAGCUCAGACAAACAGUGCCCCCUCGUUGCCUCCUGAGCCUGAAGUUCUGGGGAAGAGAUGUUCGGCACUCAAUGCAGCAGCCAAGCUUCUAGCAAUGAAAGGCAGAGUGGACACCCCUGGCCACACCAUGCGGAAAGACUCAGCGGCUAAGGCCACCGGGACUUCCCCUGCCUCCUCUUCUGACAAGAACCAAAAGCCUAAAAACAAAAGUGUACCAGCCUCUCCUCAGAAUAACUCUGUAACUCUUACUAAUAAUAAAAGCGGCAGCAACAAACCCUCAACACCCAAUCAGUUGAGCCGGUCUGCUUCCCGCUCCACCAGACAGUGCCCCGGUUCUCUGGUUCCACCCUUGGAAAUGGAGUAUAAGAGGUCUAAGCCAGAGGAAAAGGAGAGUGGAAGUAGGAAGUUUUCAAGGGGAAAGGAAGGUGAGGCUGAGGGCCGAUCUUCGUCCAGGGGCCACAGUGCCUGCAGCAGCAUGAGCAGUGACGGCGAGGGCGACGGUGGUGGACGCAGCAGCAGAAGUCGCAGCAGCAGCAACAGCAGCCAACGUACCCACAGCAUCAGCUCUCAAAACACAGAGCACAGAGAGUCCCGCUCCCGCGCCGCUUCCUCUGGCAGCGAGCGCGAGGGGGACCGCAGCUCAGAUCGGGCAAAGAGUAAAGACAAAAAAAAGAAGCAGGGCCACCCACAGGAGGGCCGAAAACACAGCAGGAGGUCUCAGAAGCCCUCGCAGGAGGUGACCAGCAGUUCAGGAACUGAGGGGACACCGGACAGGGUGCUGCGUAGCGUCACAGCACUUGCAGCGGUGCAGGCCAGGUCACCGGCCGCGAGCACCCGCUCCUCUUCUAGUCAGCAUCGUCACAACAAGACAUGAUCGGUGUGCCAAAGGGAAAAAACGGAAGCAAGAGUGUUGUUUCAGAGCACGAUACGAGAGCAUGUCAUGACCUCCAAGGUUACUGCUUUGUCUGCACUCUAAUAAAUGCAAGGGAUCUGAGUGCUGCACAAGCCAGGGACCUCCCUGCCUCUUGGGCCCUCUCCCUUUCCAAUUGGAGCUGGUCCCCUCACCAGCUCAGCUAUUGUCGGCUGGGGGAAGGCUCAGGGAAGCUGGACUGAGAGUAAAAAAUAUGGCGCCAUCAUUGUGCGUCCGUACACAGACAGAGAUGGAACAGUGGAUAAAUUCAACACUGGGACUUGAGGGGUACAAAGGUGCAAGAGGUAAUAAAGGCAAGUUGUUAGUUCACAUUAUGUACUGUAAUCAGUAAAGACUGGAACACUCAGAUCUUAUGUGUUAAAAUGGGAUUAUACAGCACCCUCUAUUAGGGUUACAAAUGAAAAGUCAUUUGUGUGACAUUAAACUUUUGAGUGACCAGUUGUAUUGUAAGUUGGAGGUUUUAGAAAGUUUGGUUUUCAAAAUUUGUCAGCUGUCCUGACUAUUGUUUCUUUGUAGUCAGUUGAUAAGUUAUGCAUAUGUUAUUAUUUCUUCCAGGGUAUUAGGAAGAGAACAGAUCUGUCAAUGUGAUCUUCGCUGCACUAUGCUGGAGCUUGUCUUGCUUGGGCCCCUUUUUUCAUGUCGAUUUCUGUUCAUUGGAUUCAUUUUUAAAUCCAGCCUUGUAUUUCUCAUUUGCACAUCUGAUAAUGUGGCCCUCGGCUUCUGAGCACAUUGUGGUCUGGUAAUUCGUUUUGACAUCAACUUCGGUGAAUUAAUUGGUUCCUAGUACCUCACGAUGUAUCUCUACAGUACGAAGAUGUAUUAACUGAAGUUGCAAAUUGUCUUCAAAGAUGUUACAUCUGUAGACACGAUCCAAAUCCUCCCAAAGGCAGUUAUUGUUAAAGUCCACUUUGUCAUGUAUUUAUAUUAAAAGGGCAAGUAAAUGUUAUCGAAAUUAAAGAGUGCCUCUUUGGCCAAAUGGGUUUGAACCUCAGUUUGCCUUGUGAAGCACCUGAAGCAGGGGUGUCGAGCUUCUCUCCGUAUUUAAAAAAAAACAAAACAAACAAAAAAAAAAAAGACAAAAAAAAAAAAAGACAAAAAAAAAAGAUACAACCCCCCCGCAAAACAUCCAAGAAAAGCACCCUGUGCAUCAGUGCUACCAAAUUCAUGUUUUAUUUUUCACCUGAAUUUUUUUGUCAGUCACUUCAUUGCUCUUCAUUCAUGUAGAAAAAAAUAAAAAAUAAAAAAAAAAUACUUGGACAAAAUAUGUGAAUAAAAUUACUGGUAUAGUUCCAGAUGACUGUAAAUUGUCGAUUUCCUUUUGGACUUGUCUAAACGAUUUUGAGCAAAGGUUAUAUUUGGA